AUGACGUCCUACACCUCGAAUGUCAAAUCUGCCCUGCAAGGCCUGACAGUUGGCUUCAUAGGCUGUGGAGACCUAGGCAAGGCCAUUCUCAAAGGAGUCUCUUACGAGUCUGCCUCAUCUCCACAAAUGCCAGACUCGUGGGCUCUAGCUAGAUACCUAGCAAGCGUACAGUCAGAGAAAACGGCUCAGGCCCUUAGAGAAUUCUUUCAAUCAGCUUCAGACGCAGGAGGCUCCAUCAACCUUGAGGUCUUUCAGCGGCAGAAUGUCCAGAUCGCACAGAAGUCUGACUUCGUCAUUCUAGCCUCGCCACCAGGAGCAGUGGAGACCAUUUUGAGCGAGAAAGGUAUGGCAGAGGCACUGUCGCAAAAGGUUCUUGUCAGCCUUGCAGCAGGCGUCACGAUGUCACAGAUGGAAACUGCGCUAUACCAGCCAAAGAGCGACAGUCCCAAUGUUAGUGACCAAAACAGAUGCUGGAUCGUCCGCGCGAUGCCAAACAUUGCCGCCUCUCUCGCCGCCUCAGCAACAGCCAUCACGGUCUCCACGGACCUAGCACCACCAAAGGACAAGAUCGAGAUCGUCGAGUCGUUCUUCCAGUGCGUCGGCGGCAUCACCCACAUCACCGAGUCCCAAAUGGACGCCGCAUUUUUCUGCGAUGCCAUCAUCGACGGGGCUGUUGCGGGCGGACUCCCGCGUGGCCAGGCUGAGGCCAUGACGGCGCAGGCGCUAGCGAGCACGGCGGCUUUGUUGGCUGCGGACGGCGGCGGCAAGCGGCCUUCUGAGGUUCGGGAGAAUGUGUGUGCUAACCCCGGCAUUACUAUUGGGGGCAUACUGGACCUGGAAAAGGGUGGUGUGAGGGGAUCUAUCUCGGGGGCUGUUCGGGACUCCAUACUCGCUGCUCGAUCCCUUGGGAGGAAAGACGGCUGA